AUGCAGCCGCACCAGCACAAGAUGGCCACGUCCUCCUACCCGUACAGUAACGCGUACGCCCCUCGAAUACCUCCCCCCUUCAACGGUGUUGCACCGCCAAUCCCGCAGGGCAUCAACGUCAAUCCCCAGCAAUGGAGUCGCGGGCGCUGGCAGUUCAAUCCCGCUUAUAACCCCGCCGCUCAGCCCGCGCAAGCCCCCGCCGUUCCGUGGAUGGCUGGCAAUCAAUGGAACCAAGGCCGCCCGCCACAAGCCCAGCAACAGCAGCAGGCAUCGUACAAUCCGUACAAGCGCCAGCCGCGCGCGCCCACCGCCGAGUACCUGUCUUACAAGCUGUCCGACAAUCCUCUGGGAUUGACGGACAUGACCUCGAGAGAAGAGCUUUACGGGUCUGAGUCUGCGCAGACCCCGUGGGUGUGGGCACCUUCGGAGCUGCUGGAAGACGAGGAUGACGAGGACGAGCAGUCGGAAGGUACAUCUAGUCAGGGGCAUGGUUCCAAGUCGAGUCGGCCUAACUCCUCGUCACAAUCAUGGCAUGGGUAUGAGGGCAAUAACUUUCCUGCUAGCAUUCGGACGAAGACCUUCCCCACCCGUCAGUCGUCAGACCCGCCUGGCACGCCGAACCAUCAUGGUACCCCGUCGCGCUCGAGUAGCACGCAGCCGCAGCAGCAGCCGCAGACGCCGGAGAGGAAUGUGGCGCUGCAGCCGACGUUCUCAUCGAAGAUCGUCGUGACGCCGAACUACUACCGCACGCACUCACGCAGCUCAUCUGCGAUGGGACACUCGGGCGGGCAGGACUCGCUCACGGAGCAGAUGGAGCGCGUCAAGAUCUCGUCUACCGCGCCCACGCCGCUCGGCCGGCAUUCCUCGAUGCCUGCUGUGCUUGAGUCUAGGACAAGCCCGCCGAACGUCACGAACACCUCGAUCACGCACGAACCGGAUUCCAUCCUCAGCCCACUGGUUAUGAGCGAGAAGCCCAUACCCAGCAGCGGAGGGCGGCCUCUCGGUCGUCACGCCACCGCCCCCUCCGGUGCGCUCGACGCCAUCCCCGAGAGCGCGUCCCUCCCGCCGAUGCACUCCGCCUCCCAGGCCGCCGCAACAACAAAGCGGCGCAAGUCCACGAAGUCCAGCAAGUCAAGUCGUCACACCAGCCCCACGUACUCGUACGAAGAGAUCGACCGUGAGCCGACACCUCGGCAGGGCAACCCCCUCCCGCCACCGCCGCAGGAAAGCCGGAUAGCAAUGCCGUAUAGCCUCCCGCCCGCGCAGAGCGCGUCCUCCAGCACGCGCCCGCGCGGGCCCGGGAGCAGCAGCACGACCUACGAGUACCGCGCGCCCUCCGUCGCCGAGCGGCGCGCGCAGACCUCCGCCGAGCAGCGCCCGGACUACCGCCCCGCCGAGUACCGCUCCGCCUCGUCCAUGGAGUACCGCUCGGCCUCCUCUGCCGCCGCCGCCGCCUCGACGAAGAACCCGCUCCCCGCGCCGCCCGAGGAGUCGCGCUUCGUGCCGAGCGCGGUGUCGCCGGGCUCGGGGCGGCGGCACCCGCGGCGGAAGGGGUACUGGAACCGGCGCGGGGACCACCUCACGCCCGAGGGGUACCUGGUGUACGCGCCCCUGGGCAAGACCUACCCGCGGGAGCUGCGCGACUACCCGGAUGGGGAGGAGGGGUACAAGGACGAGAAUGGGUCGAUAGCGAAGUUCUCAGCGACGAGGCCGGAGCUGCCUGAUAGCCUGCCACGGCUGGGGAGGCCGCCCGCAAGGCCGUAUGAGAGUUUCCUGGUGUACGUGGACUGA